GUUAAGUGGUCUCAGUGUGCUGUUGCUGUUGCUGUGUUUGCUGCCUCUCAGCUUCUAAAGCUGAAAACUCUAUAAAGAUCCGCGCGAUCCGCGCUUGGCUUCACACCUGCGCGUAACUCCAAAGAGCCACAACCACGAACAUCAUCAUAAGGCACCGUCUUUUCGACAACGGAACUCGGCAUUCGCCAUUCGGUAAACGGCAAACGGCAAACGGCAUUCAUAAAGGAGGCCCUCUUACAUAAGAUUAGGCAAUAGCUAACGGUAGCUACCGUGGAUUCGUGGGUCUCUCUGUCCGAUUCUAUUUGGCAAGUUGCACUUGAGUGAUUUUUUGGUCUUCCACAAAACAAAACAAAAAACGGAAAACUAACAAAAGUUUUACAGACGUGUAACAUGUAAAGCAAAGCCAGAUAAAUGGCAUAAAUGGUGUAGAAAACACACAUCUGAUACAAUUACUGCAACAGCAACAACCAUAACAAAAAUCGCGCAAUAGUCGAAAAAGAAAAAGAUCGAAAGUGAAAAACCUCCUCGCUUCAAAAGUGUUUUGUUAAGCGUUUUGUCGCUGGGCACGCCUCGUCAACUUUUAUGGCCAAAAAGACUGGCGGCAAAAAAAUGGGCCAAGUUUUUCUUGUUAUUAUGUCAGUUGGUCAAAGUGCGUGAGUGCGAAGUGUGUGUGUGUGUGUUUGUGUGAGAGCCCCAAAAAGAGGUGUAAACUGUUUAAGUGGGUGCAAAGCAGACAAAACGAGCGAAUAACGCAAAACAUUUUGGAGCAGGUCAGUGUUUGCGAAACUCGCCACCAAUUGGAGAUACUGCAAGGGAAACGCUGCGAAAGCAAAGGCAAUAAAAGGAAGGCAAUAAAAGAAAAACAUUAAAAGUAAAGAGAAGCUGAGUGUGGAGCCUAAUAAGCGGGAAUACUCAAGUUUUGCAUUUGGUGGAAGUUAACAACCAGAGAUGAAGCUGUCAAGAAUUGCCGCCACGCUGUUGCUGCUGCUGAUGCUGCAGCAACACAGCCACAGCAUUGAGCUCAGCACUGAGUACGCCAUAGUGAGCAAGGCAGCAGUGGCCACCACAACACCACCGCCCACGCCCACAGUUGCCUCCGGUCGCAGCUUUAAGGCGCGCAUACAGUCGACGACGCCACGCAACUCGAGCAGCAAACGGAGCAGUCGACCGCUCGCAGCCAGCGUUGUGGAUGUGGAGCAGCAGGAUCUGGUGGCAUUAUCCUCUAAAUCGUACAUCUCGGGACCAACGACACAAGCUUCGAAGCUAACGAAACGCGCUGGUUUGCCGGCUACCAAGAAAUUCGCCAAGGAUGUGCGCAAUCGCAGCAGCGUUGCAGUGGAACGCAACAGGCUGCAACACGAUGUGCCUGAUCACGUGCCUGAUUCCUCGGGCUAUGUGCCACAACGCAUUGGCCAUCCCGUGCAUUUAGAAUAUGGCUCCACAGGUGUUGACUCAAGUGGCGCUCCCACAGGCAGCGGUGCUUAUCAUGCUGUCCCCUACGAGGGCAACAAGUGGCACGAAGAGUACUGGGAUCAGGAUUAUAACGGACAACAGUUCAUACACAACAACACCAGAGUGCAACAUAUUGAGGCAGAGUGUCAGGAUGAUUACAUGAAAAUACGCAUUGGCUUUAAUGGCUCUUUUAGUGGCCUGCUUUACUCUGCUGGCUAUGCCUACGACCCGGAUUGCAUGUAUAUCAAUGGCUCUGGCAGGGAUUAUUACGAGUUUUAUAUACAACUUAAUCGUUGCGGCACAUUGGGCAAGAACUCUUUGCAGGAAGAGAGUCGCAAGAAUCCAACAAACUUUAUGUGGAAUACAGUGACAGUGCAGUAUAAUCCUUUAAUAGAAGAGGAAUACGAUGAGCACUUUAAGGUCACUUGCGAGUAUGGUUACGACUUCUGGAAGACUGUGACUUUUCCCUUUCUAGAUGUGGAAGUGGCCACUGGCAACCCUGUAGUCUUUACGCUGAGUCCCCCUGAGUGCUAUAUGGAAAUUCAGAAUGGUUAUGGCAUCGGUGGACCACGCGUUACAGGCCCAGUGCGUGUGGGCGAUCCCUUAACACUUAUCAUCUACAUGAGAAGCAAAUAUGAUGGCUUUGAUAUUGUGGUAAAUGAUUGCUAUGCCCAUAAUGGCGCCAAUAAGCGCAUACAGUUGAUAGAUCAACAAGGUUGUCCAGUGGACGAUAAGCUCAUCUCACGCUUCAGAGGCUCGUGGUCCGAUUCAGGAGUUUACGAAACCCAAGUCUAUGCUUACAUGAAGACCUUUCGCUUCACAGGCUCGCCGGCGCUGUACAUUGAAUGCGAUGUGCGCAUGUGCCAUGGCCGUUGUCCAAGCCAGCCCUGUCACUGGCGCAACCUUAAAGCGGUCACCAAGCGUGACACGUCCAAUAUGACGGCCACAAAUCUUUCGUUGCCUCCGCUUGACGACACUGGAGAUACGGCCACCGAGAGUCCGGCACAGGCUUCGCUGUCGGAGAAUGUGAAUUUGUUUCAGUCGCUGCGCGUGCUGCAGGAAGGCGAAAACGAUGGCGACGAUGUCUACGCACAUCGACAGGCCACGCCACAGUCGCCGCAUCACACUUGCCUCAAGACAUCAACGUUCUCAGCACUAACUGCUAGCUGUUCGGCAGUGCUCUGUCUGCUGACGGUUACGCUGUUUAUAGCCUGCUCUCGUCUGAAGCGACGCAAGCAGUCGACGCUCUACGAUUCGUACAUAGCGCAUAAGGGACAAAUUGAUUGAUUAAAGGGCAGAGACUUAUUUAUGGGGUCUGUGGGGAUGGCGUUUUGUAAAUAGUUGAUGGCAUCAAAUACCAACGAAGUUUUGUUCGCUCGUAGUUAGAUAUCGCUCUUAAAAUAAACAUUUUUAUUUUUAAAUACAAUUUCUUUAAAUUGAAUAGCAGUUCACUGAAUA